CAAUGGCAAUGCCUUCAGCUGUGGCAGUGGGAAUUUUUGGGACAGCCUUGGUACGAGCCUUGACUCUGACUCGGGGCUUGGCGGCAGCUUCAUUGCUUUGUAGGAGUUGGUGCAGCUCUCAGCUGAAAUGCCUGAGUCCUUGAGAGAGGACGUAAACGUUUCUAUGAGGUGAAGAGAGACAAGAGUAGAAGUGAAUGCCAUGACACAAGACAGAAAAGUUGCAUUCUUUCUGCAGCGUGCGAGGGUGCGAGGAUAUGGGCGCUGAAUGGAAACAUAGACACGCUGCAAUACAACUUUAUCGACGGUAAAUGGUGUUAAUUUAGCUCGUUCAUUUUCUUUGGAAGGAGAACUAGUUUUCUAGGAGAAUAUAAAUGUGGGGGGCGGUCCUAAAGAAUGUGGCAUGAUGUCACUGGGGAAGCCAGCGGAGAUGAGGCAUACGGGGCAUGGGACGGUGACGGAGAGUGACUGAAGCAACAAGACCACAAUGAAUGUGGAACACGAAAUUAACCUCUUAGUUGAGGAGAUUCGGCGGCUGGGAACCAAAAAUGCUGAUGGACAAGUGAGCGUGAAAUUUGGUGUGCUGUUUGCUGAUGAGAAGUGUGCCAACCUCUUUGAAGCCCUGGUGGGAACGCUUAAGGCGGCAAAACGACGAAAGAUCAUCACUUACCAAGGAGAGCUGCUUUUACAGGGCGUUCAUGACAACGUGGAUAUCAUGCUGCUGCAGGACUGAGGCAGUGUUGCAGCUGUGUGUUAAUGGAAUUGCUUGAAACAGUUUGAUCAAUCAAACAAUUGUUUGAUUUUCCACAUACUCUUAAUAAGGCUGAUCAUUCCAAGGCAUUUUGAUGUAUUUUCUAUAUCUUUAUAGUCAAAAGAAAACCGUCCUAUUUUGGAAAACAUUCCCUUUUGUAAGUCUUCCUAAAAUGGUACUGUAUCUGGGUAAUGUAAAAGAUGCCAGAUCUUUUUCUCUCUUUCCUUUUUUUUGUUUCUUUUUUUUUUCUUUUUAAUCUCAGGUAAUUCUCUCAAAUGUCUGGUGGUUAUUUUCAACAUAUGAAGAAGAGGACUGGUAAUUUAAUGUUUACAAAUGAAAAUGUGCCAUGAAAGUAUAAAAUAAAAGCACAUACUUAAAUUUG